UCAAAAAUUCCACCACCACCAACUCUCAAAUAAGAAGAAUGACAACUUUUGGUGCUGUUCUUUCUGCUAAGAACACAAUUAUCAAUACUUUCUAUUGUUCUCGAUUUAAACUUGUUGGUCGCUCUAACAAAAUCCUAAGAGACGUAUACGAUAAGUUGGGGCCUUGGGAAGAAAUUCUGAAAAGAUUGGACUACACAAGCUCAAGCAGGAGCAGGAAGAAGGUGAACGCUUUGGAUGGAAGAAUCAAAGAGGCAAUUUGGAAAUUUGAAGACUCGUUGGAAUCCCUUCUUACACGACACCUUCCUUCACAAUUUGAAACUCUUCCUGAGAUUGUCUCCAUUGAUCUGCUGAGUCUGGAAAAUGAUGCUCGUUCCUUGAUCCAGAAGCUCAAGGAUAUGGAGAAGGAGUACGUUUAUGAAGUUGAUAAUAUGGCUGAAGACGAACCUAUUUCCUCAGUCAUCGGUUUUCAUGGAACCAACUCAAAGAUGACGGGGUUAUCAGACCAACUUCAACUCCUCAAAACCGAUCUUAUGAGAGAAUCUCGUCGCGGGUAUCAUUUCUACUCACUUUAUGGAACGGCAGGCGUUGGGAAGACCACUCUUGCUAUGCAAAUUUAUGAAGAUCCCGAGAUUCAGAGCAAAUUUGAGUGUCGCGCGUGGGUCACCGUAGGCAGAGUGCCUCAACCGGCCGGUCAAAUUUCAAAAGGCAUUUUAGCUCAACUGUGUGGAACUACACAAGGAGAUGACUACUUGAAGGAAAGAAUGGAUGGCAUGAAUUGCAUCGUUGUGUUGGAUGAUGUCUGGGAGCCACAUGUAUGGGAUUUCUUUAAAGAUUCUUUACCAUACACAAAAUAUGGUUGCAUUCUUGUCUUGCUUACUAGACGACAUCGAAAAUCAAUGAAUGUUGGUAUAAGUAAUGAGCCUUGGCUUGAGGUGCGGUUUUUGAAUGAAGAAGAAAGUAUGGAGCUACUAUGUGAGAAGGUGUUUGGUGAUGAGGUUUGUCCUCCUCAACUUCACAAAGCCGCCAACAAAAUUGCCAAGCUUUGUGAAGGUCUCCCUCUCAUGAUAGUCACAGUUGCUGACAUCCUAUCGACAUCCGUGCAUAACAGAGAACCCGUCUACUGGAAUGAAGUAGCAGAAAAGAGAAAUUCAGUCUUUACAGAUGCAUAUAAUGAAAUAUCAAAGGUACUUUUCCCAAGCUACAAUUACCUGCCUCAACGUCUUAAAAUGCCUUUUCUGUUUAUGGGAGUUUUCCCUCAAGAUUAUGACACCCCUCCUUCCAAGAUCAUCACCAUGCUCACUGCGGAGGGGUUGUGGUAUGAUCGGAGAUGCUUGAGAGAGCUAGCUAUCUACUUUAGUCUUGUUUUACGUAGCUUUAAGAGUGUGAAUAAAACAUCAGAUGAGUUUUCUAUUGGAGAGUAUAAAACUUGUUGGCUUCAUUCUUCAUGGCGGCAUGUGUGUAGAGGAGAAGCUAGUCAGAACAAGUUUUAUCAUGUCCUAAAUAAGUUGAUUGAUGCCUUAGAAGGUCUAAAAGGUCAACGCGGCUUGUGUCUCGAAAAUAACAUCUUGUUUGGCAUCAAAGAGUUUCGCGACUCAGUGAGAUUGAACUGUGCAUCCUAUGCACGUUCUCUCCUUUUCUAUGGUCCUUACCACCAAUAUCCAAUCCCUAUAGAUGUUGGUUUCAGAUUGCUUAGAGAAAUAGAUGCUCUCAGACAACGUUUCUAUACUUUCCCAAUAGAAUUUUUGUCCCUAUUCCAACUAAAGUACCUUGCCCUAACUUACAACGGAGAACUCCCUGCAACUAUAUCCAAACUUUUCAACCUUCGAGUCUUGAUUAUCCAUCCACAUAUGAAAAUUAGACGACUUAGAGCUGCAUCAUAUGUGCCAAUACAAAUUUGGGAUAUGCAAGAGUUAGAGCAUAUUGAGAUAUUGGGAAAGAGCCUUGUAGCUCCAUCUCAUCUUUCUUCUUUAAAAAAGCUCAAAACACUUGUAGGUGUGAAUGCUAGCAUAUGUACAAUCUCGCAGCUCUCCAGAAGAAUUCCUAACAUAAGGAAAUUAAGAAUACAGAUUGAGCUGACUCCUUAUGAUGACCAUAAUGACCUUCUGCGUUGCUUUGGUUGUAUUUCAAUACUUGGAAGUUUGGAGAUACUCAAAUUCAAUAUCACAAAUCCUGUGAUCAAGCAUGGUCAUGUUUACCCGGUGACGCCUGGGUCAUUGAAGUUACCACGUAAUUUGAAAAAGUUACAUUUGAGUGGCAUGGGAUUUCCCUGGGAAUACAUGGAUGUCGUUGGAUCUUUGCCAUAUCUUGAAGCCCUCAAACUGCGAUCCUACGCCUUUCUGGGUUCGUGUUGGGAAGCAAAAAGAGAGAGUUUUUGGGAACUUAAGUUUCUUCUAAUUGAAGAAAGUGAUUUGGUGCAAUGGAAUCCAAGACUUGGUAGCUUUCCUAAGCUUGACUACCUAAGCUUGAAACAUUGCUACAAACUAAAAGAGGUCUCUGGGCCUACUUCAAUAUAUGCCGAACUUGGAUUUGAGAUCGUGGCGAUUGAAUUAGAGGACUGUAAUCCUUUAGCUUUGACUUGUGCGACCCAAUUACAACCAGCACGAACUAAUAAGCUUACGGUUAUUGGAUCUUCUUCAUUUUACGAGAAACCGAUAACUUUCAAAUAUGAGAGGUAUGGAGGUGACCAUAUACCUAAGGCGAUAAGGGAAGUUGAGGAUUCAGACAAAGAGGGUGAUGUUGAAGGUGGGGGCAUUGACGAGGAUACAAAUGAGAAAGACCGGGAAGAGAACAAUGGUGAAAAAUGUACGUCCGAUCAUGAGGAUAUAAAGGAAGAGGAUUAUGGUAAAGAAAUUGCCAAUCGAGGAGAGGAUGAUGAAGGCGAGGACGAGGAUGCAAAUGUGGAGGAUGAGCAAAGAAUGAUAGGAAAUACACAUACGAUCACGAGGAUACAUACGAGGAUGAUGAAGGCAAGGGUGCUGAUGAGGAUUCAAAUGACGAAGAUGAGGAAGAGAAUGAUCAUGAAUAUUCGUAUGAGGAACAGGAAACCGAAGCAAGUGCCAACAUCAAGGAGCAUGGGUGUGUUGAAGAAGAUGGUAGGCUUAUGCCAAUGUCAAAGAGCAUGAGAGCUUCUCAAGGCUUUGAAUCAGCUGCUACAAAGUAAUACUCAAGUCAAUCAAAGUAUUUUGGUUUGAAUACCAAUGCCUGAAUAAUCAGUAUGUAUUAUUGGGUUGUGACCUGAAUUUAUGUUGGAUUAAUUAGCAAAGAGUAAAACAGUGCUUAGUGAUAAGUGAGAGUGUGCAUUGAACCCA